CCAUAACAUACACGCCCCUUUUGCAGCCUGAUAGCCCCAGAACACGUGAACUUGCCCCCGCGACGAUAUCUGCGGUCGCGUCUGCCCGCUCCAGCUCGCCUCCUGUUGUCGACGCGUGCGCGCUUUCAGCUCACGUCACUGCCGCCAGCAUAACACCAGAAGUCGCGCCCAUGGAGGAAUCCUCGAGUCAGGCGCCUGUGCUAGACGCACACCCAGCACACUUGGACGGCCAUGCCGAGCUGCCGCAUCCCGACCUGCUGCCGCCCGAGCCCGUGACCGUCGACGCCCACGAGGCGCAAAAACACAUGGACCAAACCAUGGACGGCCCCGACGACAGCAUGGCUAGUACCAUUACCGCCAACACGGUCACACCCCUGCCUGACGUGGGCCAGACCAGCAGCCUCAACAACAGCCCGUCGCCCUACACAAACGACCCUCAUCGGCCGUCAACGUCAUACUCGGACACGGCCUACCAAUACACCACACACAACGGCUCGCGCUUCGCUACAUCGUCCGACGCCGACACGCCCCCGCGGCAUGGCUACUACGACAACCGAGACGCACACAUAGGCCAAUCGCACUCGCGGCCAAGCUCGCAGAUGGGACGGUACUCGACGUCGGAGGGCGGCGCCCGCUCAAACUCAUAUCAGGAGCAGCAACGGAGCGCACAACAACAGCAGCAGCAGGAUGCGGUCAAGAACGCCAGCGUGGUGAUCAAGGUGGGCAUGGUGGGCGACGCGCAAAUCGGAAAGACCAGCCUGAUGGUCAAGUACGUCGAGGGCAGUUGGGACGAAGACUAUAUCCAAACACUGGGUGUCAACUUCAUGGAGAAGACCAUCUCCAUCCGGAACACAGAAAUUACCUUCUCCAUCUGGGAUUUAGGCGGCCAGCGCGAAUUUGUCAACAUGCUGCCAUUGGUCUGCAACGACGCCGUCGCGAUACUCUUCAUGUUCGACUUGACCCGAAAGAGCACCCUCAACUCCAUCAAGGAGUGGUACCGCCAAGGGCGCGGCUUCAACAAGACUGCCAUUCCGUUCCUGGUGGGCACAAAGUACGAUCACUUUGUCAACUUUCCUCGAGAAGAGCAGGAAGAGAUUUCCAAUCAGGCCAAGCGGUUCGCGCGAGCAAUGAAAGCCAGUCUCAUCUUCAGCUCAACAAGUCACAGCAUCAACGUGCAAAAGAUCUUCAAGAUUGUGCUAUCGAAAGCGUUCGACCUCAAGUGCACUAUCCCCGAGAUAGAAAACAUUGGCGAACCGCUUCUCCUCUACCAGGCCGUCUAGUCGCCGGACCGAAGAGUCAGACCCCGGACAGAAGGGACACGUAUGAACCUGUCUGAAGGGCAGAUGGGGCGCGUCUUUUGCCGGAACGUUACCAUGAGCGAAUGACUUUGAUGAUUGAUUUGCGUGGAAUUGCAUGGCUCGGCGAUUGGAGCAAAGGAGCUAUACACACAUGUGGGCACAAAACCGGCGUUCUUCUGCUUUGUAUUCGCAAAGGCGCCUGUGGGGGUUUGAGCCGCAAGCGCUCAACUGGGCCAGCGAAACCAGCG